AUGGCUGACGUGGCGGUGCAUCAGUUCAACAACAUCCUCCUCGGCGGCCGCGGCGCUCUGACCCCGGGGCAGCUGCGCGUGCACACGGGCGGGCUGGCGUGGCGGAAGCUGGGCGGGGGGAAGCAGGUGGACGUGCAGCGCACGGACAUGGCGGGCGUGGUGUGGAUGCGCGUGCCGCGCGGGUACCAGCUGUGCGUGCGGCUGAAGGCGGGCGGCAAGGUGAAGUUCAACGGCUUCACCAAGGCUGACGUGGACGCGCUCUCGCCGUUCCUCGCCUCCACGCUCGGCUUCCAGCCGCGCAAGAGCGAGCUCGCCACCAGCGGCCGCAACUGGGGCGACGCCGAGAUCGAAGGCACGAUGCUGGGAUUCCAGGUGGGCGGCAAGCAGGCCUUCGAAAUCUCCAUUGCUGACGUGUCACAGACACAGCUGUCAGGGAAGAACGACGUGCUGCUGGAGUUCCACGUGGACGACACCGCCACUGCUGCUGAGAAGGACAUGUUGGUGGAGAUGAGUUUCCACGUACCAACGUCCAACACCACCUUCGUUGGCACCGACGACAAGCCCUCCGCACAGAUAUUUCAGGAGCAGAUCCUGGCGCGCGCGGACGUGGGGCCGUCGGGCGACGAGGCGGUGGUGGAGUUUGAGGGCGUGCACAUCCUCACGCCCAGAGGCCGCUUCAAGGUCGAGCUGCACGUCACACACGUGCGCCUGCAGGGCAUGGCUGUCGACUUCAAGAUCCAAUACAAGAACCUCGCCCGCCUCUUCGUGCUGCCCAAGGCCAACCAGCCGCACACCUUCGUUGUUGUCACACUCGACACGCCCAUCCGCAAGGGCCAGACGCUCUACCCUCACAUCGUGCUGCAGUUCCCCAACGAGGAGACGUUUGAGGGCGGGCUGGCGCUGAGCGACGAGCUGCUCACCACCAAGUACAAGGACAGGCUGCAGCCCGUGUACAAGGGUCUGGUGCACGAGGUGUUUGCGCAGAUCCUGAGGGGGCUGUCGGGCGCCAAGGUGACGCGCCCGGGGUCGUUCCGCAGCAACAGUGACGGGUACGCGGUGCGCACGUCGCUCAAGGCGGAGGAGGGCUACCUGUACCCGCUCGAAAAGAGCUUCUUCUUCCUCCCCAAACCGCCCACCCUCGUGCUGCAUGACGAGGUGGAGUACGUGGAGUUUGAGCGGCACGGCGCGGGCACGAGCAGCAUCUCGUCGUCCUACUUCGAUCUGGUCAUCCGCCUGCGCAGCGAGCAGGAGCACCAAUUCCGCAACAUCCAGCGCAACGAGUACCACAACCUCUUCUCCUUCUUCAGUGAGAAGCGCCUCAAGAUUCUCAACCUCGGCGACUCGCAUGCAGCAGCUGCGGCAGGCGCGGAGGCGGGGGCGGGCGUGGGGGGCGUGGGGGUGGGCGGAGUGGACUCGGACGACGAUGCGGUGGACCCGCACCUCAACCGCAUCCGCGCAGGGGGGGCUGAUGAGAGCGAUGAGGAGGACGAGGACUUUGUGGCGGGCAAGGACGACGACGAUGGGGGCUCGCCGUCCGACUCGGACAGCAGCGGCAGCGGUGAUGGCAGUGGCAGUGACAGCGACAGCGAUGCCAGUAGGGCAGCCAAUGAGGACGAGGAGGAGACCGCCAAGCGCAAGGUGCAACGGGGACAAACAGAGGGGGCUGGAUUAUGA